AUGACUGAAGUAAGAAGUUUUGUGGGUUUGGCGGGCUAUUAUCGCCAUUUUAUUGAGAGUUUUGUUCGGAUUGUGGCGCCGUUGACGCAGCUCACUAGGAAGGAUCAACCUUUUAUUUGGACGGACCGGUGUGAAUCUAGCUUUCAAGAGCUAAAGCAAAGGUUGACUAGUGCACCAAUUUUGGUUAUCCCUGACACAGGUAAAUCUUUUGAGGUUUUCUGUGAUGCUUCUCAUCAGGGAUUAGGGAAGUCAGUGCAUGUUUCCACGUUGAUGGUCAGAGAGUUAGAGCUGGUGGAAAGCUUCAGAGAUUUGAGAUUGCAGGUGGAAUUCGAGGCUGAUAGUAUCAGAUGCAGUAAUUUGGUGGUGUCCAAUGACUUGUUGAGACUUAAGGCUAAGAUAGAGCAUCAGAGACCUGGAGGUUUGUUGCAGCAACUUGAGAUACCUGAGUGGAAAUGGGAUAGCAUAGCCAUGGAUUUUGUUACCCAUUUGCCACACACAGUUAGAGGUCAUGAUGCGAUUUCAGUGAUUGUGGAUAGGUUGACCAAGAGUGCUCACUUCUUAGCGAUUAAUUUGAGGAUGUCGAUGUCGAAGUUGGCGUAG